CAGCGACCCCCAUACAUUACAUCCGCCCGGACUUUAUCAUGGUGUUUUAGCUUCUGUUUGCCCGGCAUUUGCAAGUCCUAUGGUAGACUGUGAGCUGGAGUUGGAAGAAGAAGAGGGAAAGAAAGAGAGAGAGUGAGAGGUGCGGCGGGUGGGGGAGCGGGAGGAAAAUCCUGCGCUGCUGCUGUUGCCAUACAGCAAAAGUGGGGCGAGAAUGGAGGGAGGGGGAGAGGAGGGGAGCAGCGCCCCCAAGGAAAAGGCGGGGCAGGAGCAGAGCACUGAACUGCUGGGAAUCCGACCAGCAUCCAAAGGUCCCCUCAAAAGUGGGAACAGGGACGGCCACUUUAAAAAAUGCUUUCACUAAAUUUCAGUUACAGGUAGGUAGCCAUGUUGGUCUGCUGUAGUUGAAACAAAAUAAAAUAAAUAAAAUAAAAUAAAUCCUUCCAGUAGCACCUUAGAGACCAACUAAGUUAUUGGUAUGAGCUUUCGUGUGCUCAUGAGUGUAUCUGAAGAAGUGUGCAUGCACGCGAAAGCUCAUACCAAUAACUAAGUUACCUGGUCUCUAAGGAGCUACUGGAAGGAAUUUUUUAAUUAUUUAAUUUCAUUUGUUUUGUUUUGAUUAAAUUUCAGGUUUCCAAUGUGGCUUACAGCAGUUGUUGUUGUUGACAAUGGAGUGCACCUCCAGGGUGAAGUUAAACCGCUGACUUAGCAGCACCAAAGUGACUUCCCCGGGGUACAAGCCUGGGCAGUGUGUCUGGCGGUCCUGAGCUGCCCAGACGACAAGACCACUUGGCCCUACUGAUGUGGUCCAAAGGAAAGCAGGGCAAUAUGUUGCGCAACAGCUUGGCUGCAGGAUUUGCCAGUAGGGCAGGGCCAUGUCAGGUUUUCAGCGUCGCAAUCUGGUGAUACAUUGCAACGUUGAAAGGGAGGAACAAGCUGCCUCGUUCCUGGACCACGAGGUGUCAUAGACAAGGCAGCUUGUUCCUGCCACGGACUCAGUUUGCAGGGCUCCCUCCGCCUUCACAGGCAGGGGAUGGGAACACCUCUUUGUCCAAAAGUGCGAGCAGCUCCUUUAAAACGCUGCCCUGAGGGCCACGUGGUUGCCCAUACCUUAUCAGAGCAGUUUCAUGAACCCCCACAACCAAACUGAACAUAUAAAUAAGAUCUAAAAUAAAGAUACAAAAAAUUAAUAUGACUACCAGCAACAAAACCCUCUAAACUGUACCCCGUCCAAUUUAUUCAGCAUUAUUUGGUAUUAUUAACCAGGAAUUGAAGUUUAAAUAUUUAGGGCAGGGAUGGGGAACCUAGUACCCUCCAGCUGUUGCUGGACUACAAUCUGGUCAUUCCUGAUCGGAUUGGCCAGGAUGGCUGGGACUGAUAUGUGUUGGGAGUCCAGUAAACAUCUGGAAAACAGCAGGUUCCCCAUCCCUUGUUUAGGUGAUCAUUUGGACAAUUGCAAAAGAAAAAAUUAUGAUGCAAGACUGUUUUUGCUUUGGUACCUUCAAAACAUGCUGUGGAUCCAUGUACAGUGGUAUGUCGGGUGAAGAACUCAAUUCGUUCUGGAGGUCCGUUCUUAACCUGAAACUGUUCUUAACCUGAGGUACCACUUUAGCUAAUGAGGCCUCCCACUGCCGCUGUGCGAUUUCUGUUCUCAUCCUGAAGCAAAGUUCUUAACCCGAGGUACUAUUUCUGGGUUAGCAGAGUCUGUAACCUGAAGUGUGUAUAACCUGAAGCAUAUGUAACCCGAGGUACCACUGUAAUUCUCUGUGUUCAAGGAAAACAUUUGCUGAUCCUGGAAGUGAAAGUGACAAUUAAAUAUUGCAAAGUCAAUUUAAAUACUUACCUAAAUGGCCAUUCUGCAUCGAAGGGACACUGUUUUAAGAGGUUUGUUUAUGGCUCUGGGUGAUUGUUUUUCUCCUUCUUCUUUGCACCUGUAUCCUUGCAGAUAUUUUCCACCAUGACUGGAAUCUAUGGUCAGUUUUGAUGACGUGUCAUAUGGUGUCUGUUGUGACCCAUGAGCCAACAACAUGCAACAUCACAAUUUGAUAGCUCUGAGGAAUCACAAAAUGCGGCUACAUAUAGUGAGAGCCUACUGCUCUCCAGCUUCCAAGAGGCCUGAAGCCAACACAGCUGUGGAAGUGGCUACAAAUGUUCUUUAUCGCUUAUCAGAAGCUGGGAAAGUUUUGGGAAGAAACGCCAUUCAGAGAAUCUCUGCAACCUCCCAGAGCUGGUGGGACAAGUACGAGGAAUUUGUCGGACUUAAUGAAGUCCGAGAGGCCCAGGGAAACGUGACGGAGGUAAUGACAACAUCGUUGGUACAUAUUGGAUAAAAUGUAUCUGAAGGUCUGCUUUCUGCUGUACAGACUUGCCUGCUUAUUUAGAUUUAGCAGGUCCUCUGAAAUACAUCUGGCUGGGACUAAGGAGAGGCCCCUCUCAGUACCCGUCUACCCUGCUUUUGCAUUCCUUUUCUAGAAUAGUCAUCUCGCUACGUGCUUAAUGGCCUUUUGCCUUCCUUUUUUAAGCUUCUGGUUAAGUUUUUAAAUACUUCUGGAAGCUAUUUCAGUUGUUUUAUUGCAGGCAUAGGCAAACUCGGCCCUCCAGAUGUUUUGGGACUACAACUCCCAUCAUUCCUGACCACUGGUCCUGUUAGCUAGGGAUGAUGGGAGUUGUAGUCCCAAAACGUCUGGAGGGCCGGGUUUGCCUAUGCCUGUUAUAUUGGGUGCAUUUUGAUUCCAGUGUUAACCCUGUGCUCUUGUUUUUCCCCCUAGCUUUUUAUAAACUGCAUUUUUACUCCUCUUCUGUUGUUUUGAUUCAGGAAUGGGGAACCCAUAGUCCUUGCAAAUAUUGUCAGACUACAGCUUCCACUGACUCCAGCCAGCAUGACCAGUGCUUAAGAAUGAUGGGAGUUGUAGUCCAGCAAUAUCUGAGAGGUUUCCCCAUCUCUGAUUUCUUUCAUUGUUGUUAGUUGACUUAAAGUAUUUAGUGAGUACCUCUUUUUAUUGCUGUUUAAGCCUACUGCUCUUAAUUUGUCUAGGGUUAAUUGAUCUGAUAGUGGGACGCGGGUGGCGCUGUGGGUAAAACCUCAGUGCCUAGGACUUGCCGAUCGCAUUUAAAUCACUAGUCAGUUAGGCUUGAUUUAAAUCAUUUUUUUUACAGAAAGGUUCAACCUUGCUGGUAUCCCCUUAAUAUUUACAACCAGAGGAAGGUUUCAUUUUUGGAAUAAUAAAUUUUCAGAGUAGUUUUUUACAGUUACAUCAAAAAGGACUGAUUUGGUUAUACUAUCGGAAAUACAUAAGCAGAUAAUUAUGAAAUAAUUAUGUUUAUAUUUGGACAACUUUUCUGCUGUACUUUAUUGGAAGGAGAAAAAUAAUCAUUUCCUUAAUAACAAUUUAAACAAUGUAUUUAACUAAAACAAUAACAUUAUAGCAUAUGUAUCCGUGUUUGUUAACGGAUGUGGUUAAACAAUUUUUUAAAAAAAACUUAGACUGGGUUUUAGCACACAUGAAAAACUUUAAACAAAUCCUUAUUUCCUGAUGAAUAGCCGUUGGACUAUAAUGUCACAGACAGAAAACUAUCUUUACAAAGAUUUUUCCUCCAAAAGCAUUUUAUUUUAAAAAUCUGAUUUAAAUAAAAAAAAUCUGAUUUAAAUAAAAAAAAUCCAGUAUUUUUAUUUUUAUUUUUAAAAAUCAUUUAUUUUUAUCCACGCUGGCUAAUAUCACCCGAGCAGCUGUUUUCCCAUACAUAACAAGUCUUUUCUGAUCUUUUGGGAUGUCGGUACCUAUAAUUCCUAAUAAUGUUUUAAAUAAAUAAAUUUUAUAGCAGUACAUACAAAAAGGGCAUCAGGACAAGAAGAUAAACCCGGAGGCGGGGAGCUGUACAAAACAUAAAAUAUAAAAUCAAUUUGAAAAAGACUACUAUAAAGGUACCAACAACUAAUCCUAGUUGGACAGCAAAAAAAAAAAAAAAAAGAAAUGAAAAAGUCCAAAGGGCACAAGGAGGAGGAAAAGGGCCAAAUAAAUUGAGUAAUCAGAUUUGGCUGGAAUGAGGCAGUUCAUUGUAUGAGUGUAUAAAGUUUUUUUUAAAAAAACUACCACCAUGUGGCCAGAAAAAAAUUGUGUUUCAUCAGAGACCUCGGAGACUUUAAAUCAGUGGUUCUUAACCUGUGGGUCCCCAGAUGUUGUUGGACUACAACUCCCAUCAUCCCUGCGCUCUGGCCUUGCUAGCUAGGGGUGAUGGGAGUUGUAGUUCAGCAACAUCUGGGGACCCACAGGUUGAGAAAGGCUGCUUUAAAUAAACACGUUUUAAUUAAAUAAGAAAGCAUGUCCUUCUUUUACCUAUCGACUCCCCUCCUUUCUGUCUUUUACUCUGGCACAGAGUGGAUAACAAUUGUUUAAUACAAGCGCUCCAGCUUCAGUGAGUUAGGCUGCCAAACUUGUAGAUGGCAAGUUCAUCUUUCCCUUGCCCACCCAUCCUAUUCUAGGCUGAAAAAAGGUUCAUGGUCGCUCGUGGGAUUGUACGAGAAUCUCGGGAAACCUGGGAGGCCCAGCAGCUCAAACUGAAGGAAAUCCGGGACCGUUUAGACAGAGUCUCGCGUGACGACAUUCAGUAUCUGGAACUGGCGACUCUGGAGCACAAAUUACUGCAGGUAAGAGUGUUUCAGAGUCCGGGAGCGGAGUGAAAGGGUUGGGUUUCCGCUUGCUCGCUGUCAUUUAUUUAUCGAAGGUACUUUUUGCCCUUCCUUUUGGAACCGCCUCAACGCAACUUAAAAAUGUAAAAGCACUAAAGGUUGCUAAAACAGCAGGUGCAACGAUGCUGAUGGUUGUUGAACUUCUUUUUUGUUUUUUUUCAAUAAGGGGCCAAAACCAUUUUCUGAUGGUACUGUUUUUUGAAAGGCCUGUCAAGAGUUUUGGUGAUCAGCAAACCACCACAGGCAUAUUAAAGCUCUUCAUGCAGAAUGGCAGGAAUCUAACAAUAGGAUUUUAGAAAUAGGUUCCGGUGGCGUUAUUUUUCUCUGUUCAUUUGCAAGGAAGCAUGUUUCAGCUGAACACUGGGCGUUCCGCUUUUCUGCAGAUAGAUCACCACAUUCAAAAGGAUUCCUUAUAACCACAUUCAAAAGGACUGGCACCGUCGGUCAUGCGGUGCUCCCCACAAAAAGAGCUUAACUACUCUGGGCAAUCUUCCCCCCAUUUUCUUAAUUUUGAGUACCCCAAAAUAGGAGUUGUCUUAUACACGGGACCUGUUAUACAUGGAAAAAUACAGUCCUUUAUUUCUGCAUUCCAAAAUCUUAUUCAUCUCAAUUGCACUCCAGUCAAAAUAACAAUCCCAAACAACUGCGGUAUUAACGGCAUCCAUUUGUAUUAACACAUUCAGUGAUUUAUAAACCUAUAGGCCUAUCGCUAUUCCUUACUUGUAAUCUGAGGUGGUACAAUUAACAAGGCAAGUGAGUCCCACAGCAAGAGAUGGUGUCGUGGACCCCCUGGGUGUGUUCCCCAGACCCCUAAUUGGGAACCACUGAUCUAAUCUGAACCCCUGCAAUGCACAGAUCCUGCCCACAGCUGUCGCUGGGUGGCCUUGAACCACCAACCUUCUGGUUAACAGCCAGAUGCACUGACCAAGAGCGCCACUGGGGCAUGGAUGAGACAACAGCAAACUUCCCUUCCGUUUUGUAGUCCCAGGACCAGUGUUGAAGUAGGGAAGCAAGUUCCCUUCAGCUGCUCCUUGCUUGGCCAGCGGAUGGUGCCACAGUGGCCUUCCCCUUGCUGUGUUGUUUUUUCAUGGGAGGCCGAGGAUGCAACACUCUGUGGCCCUUAUUCCCUUGGCCAGUGGUUGGGGCCAAAGCAUGCUUCUCUUUUAAUUCAGCUCUGCAGCCCCAGGACAGUGAGCCCCUUCGGUUUGCAGGGUAUGGAAUAUUUUGGCAAGGAUUGGCAUGAUUGUUUAUCACGUUGUUAUAUAUGUAGCACCAGCUGUCUGCUUUACAAAGUAGAAGAGGACAUCCUUACUGGAGGUGCAGUCCGGUUCUGGGCCAAAGAACAAAGAAUGGCUUUGAAGCGUUAACUGUGCAGAUCCUAGGCAGCCGAUUUGGCCUAUUGGAGGACAAAACCCAAGCGCUUCCUUGGAGGAGAGGCUGUGAAUAUUAAGAGUGCGGAGGCUCCCUCGAGCUAUUUAAUGCAGAAACUAGACUGGGAUAACUCUGUAACCAGGAAAACCAUUUUGUAGGGCUUCUGAAAGCCUAUUUAGGCUUGCUGGUGUUUCAUUUCCCAUUCUCCUGACUACGUAGUGCAAGAGCAGAAAUUAUGAUACGAUACGAUAAUCUUUAUUGUCAUUGUCCCAUACAGAACAACGAAAUUGAAAAAAUCUACGUCAGACAUUCAAAAACCAACAAGCCUGCUAUCCCAGCUAUCCCAGCCUGGUUAGCCCCCUAAAAACUCUGAUACCCCAUAAUUAAAUACAAUAUACUCCCAUAGAGACUAUCUUACACUGUGUUUAAAACCAAAAUCGCAUUUGGAUAGAAAUUGGUGAAAUGGCAAUCCUGAAAACCCCAGCAUUCAGUUUCCAGUAUGUUUCUAAUCUUGAAACCAAGGGUGGGGAUAGCUGGGAUAGCAGGCUUGUUGGUUUUUGAAUGUCUGACGUAGAUUUUUUCAAUUUCGUUGUUCUGUAUGGGACAAUGACAAUAAAGAUUAUUUAUUGUCGCAGUGGACUCGUAAUCUGGUGAACCGGGUUCGCGUCCCCGCUCCUCCACCUGCAGCUGCUGGGUGACCUUGGGCCAGUCACACUUCUCUGAAGUCUCUCAGCCCCACUCACCUCACAGAGUGAGUGCUGUGGGGGAGAAAGGGAAAGGAGAUUGUGAGCCGCUUGGAGACUCCUUCGGGUAGUGAUAAAGCGGGAUAUCAAGUCCAAACUCUUCUUCUUCUUCAAGGGGCUAAAAGUGACCCUCCAUAUCUCUCCAUCUGACCCAUGGGGCUCUCCCCAGACCCUCCCCUUCACCAGCCCUCCUUUGCACCCUCCUUGAGUGUUUUUUGCCCUGUCCUUUAACUCUGCUACUGCUGCUUUCUUGCCUGGAUGGGCAGCAGAUAGAGGAAUGGGCAAAUGUGUGAAGAAACGAGCCUCUUGUACAAAGGUAACAUUUUUUUUGCCUCUGACUCCACCCACCAUUCUUCUUUAAAACUUGCAUUAUGUCAAGCACUUUCCAGUCCUGGAGGAAGCUGGUUUUAGGGACUAGCUGCACUUUUUUUUUUCCUCAGGCAAUGGGCCAUUUCACAUGUUUCUGUUAAGAAUUAUUGAGCGUAUGCUAUCACACGCAGCAGGCUGUUAAUUUUUACCUUGCCGAUUUGCCCUAGUACAGUGGUACCUUGGGUUACAGACACUUCAGGUUACAGACGCUUCAGGUUACAGACUCCCCAAACCCAGAAAUAUUACCUCGGGUUAAGAACUUUGCUUCAGGAUGAGAACAGAAAUUGUGCGGCGGCAGCGGGAGGCCCCUUUAGCUAAAGUGGUACCUCAGGUUAAGGACAGUUUCAGGUUAAGAACAGACCUCCAGAACGAAUUAAGUUCUUAACCCGAGGUACCACUGUACUUCAUGUCUUCUCACUUCCAUUUGACUUAGUCACUUAGGCUGGGCUGGUGGGAUUAGGCUUCAGGGGGCGAGUAUCUUUCUAGCAUAUUGCACAGCGACUACUGAAGGAAACGAUUAAGCUUCUUCCUUUAGUACAGGCAUGGGGAAACUUUUUGCAGUCCUCCAGGCAGACUCUAGCUCCCUUUAGACCCAGCCAGCCUAGCCACUGGUCAAGGAUGAUGGGACUUGCAGUCCAGCAACACCGGCAGGAUCCCUCAUCCCAGCUCCAGCAAACCUGUUGUCAUCUAAUGAUCUGCCUGUUUCCUUGGCUGGUUUCCUGCUUCGGAUGUAUUUAAAAUGAUUUGUGAUUGGCUUGUCUUAAAAUGCUAAAAAUGUGGGUUCCCCCUCUCCCCUGAUUCCUGUGCCCUGCCUUCCUGCCAGCUUGCCAGCCUUCGACAACAAAACUCUUCUUUUUUUGGAAGAAACGUUUUCAGUGGGCCUGACAUUCCUUCCCUUCCCAGAGUCUGUUUGUUUUAGCUCUGCUGAUGUGCAGGCAGAGGAGUAGUUUGAACAAGAUCUUUUCAUCCCUUCGUGCCCUGCAGCAAGGCGAAAAGAAUGCAAUACUGUUAAAAAAUUCCCUUUCUUCUUUUUGUGCUUGCAUAAUUCCAGAAUGAGCCUCUCUUUACAUCAUAGUUGACGGCUGGCCAGGACUUGCUACACAGGUUCGGUUACAUAACCCUUUUCACUAUAAAUACACACAUGCCAUAAUAAUGAUUAGGAAAUUUAAUCUCUCCCUUCUGAAAGAGGAUAAGCGGCAUGUCUCUUUCUGAAAUAAAGCUCUGCUGGAUCAGACUAAGGGCUCCGUUGAGACCAGAAUCCUGUUUCUUGCCAUGUCCAGCUGGGUACUUCUGGGACAAGUAAGACAUGAAGGCACCAGAAUUCUCCCAGUUUUACCUCUGUCUGCCCAGCGAUUGGUGUGUGAAGAAGUGUGUUGCUGAUAGAUGUGGCAAUUCCACUUGGCCAUCCUGGUGAACCCUAACCACCACGAAUUGGUCAUCGUUCUGAAGCUGCGAUCCUCAGUAGGUGUUGAGUCCCUUUGCAGACUGGUCACAGUAAACCCAUUGAAAUUAACGGACCUAACUUAGCCAUCAAGCAAUGACAAACCUAGACAGCAUCUUAAAAAGCAGAGACAUCACCUUGCCAACAAAGGUCCGUAUAGUAAAAGCUAUGGUUUUCCCAGUAGUGCUGUAUGGAAGUGAGAGCUGGACCAUAAAGAAGGCUGAUCGCCGAAGAAUUGAUGCUUUUGAAUUAUGGUGUUGGAGGAGACUCUUGAGAGUCCCAUGGACUGCAAGAAGAUCAAACCUAUCCAUUCUGAAGGAAAUCAGCCCUGAGUGCUCACUGGAAGGACAGACCGUGAAGCUGAGGCUCCAAUACUUUGGCCACCUCAUGAGAAGACUCCCUGGAAAAGACCCUGAUGUUGGGAAAGAUGGAGGGCACAAGGAGAAGGGGACGACAGAGGACGAGAUGGUUGGACAGUGUUCUUGAAGCUACCAGCAUGAGUUUGACCAAACUGCGGGAGGCAGUGGAAGACAGGAGUGCCUUGUGUGCUCUCGUCCAUGGGGUCACAAAGAGUCGGUCACGACUAAACAACAACAACUUAGUCAUGUUAAUGAAUUCCAUUGUGGGUCUCCCCUGAAUGUCGCCCAGUGUGACUUAACUUCUAGGGAGGAUUGGCCUGCCAAGUCAGAACUCUUGGUCCAUCUAAGCUCAGCCCUGUGUCCACUGACUAGCGGUGGCCCUGCAGGAUUUCGGGCAAAUGUCUCUUCCAGCCCUGUCUGGGAAUACUCAAGUGUGAACCUGUGGCCUUUAAAGCAUAUCCAGUAACACUUAACACUUAACACUUAACCCCUCUCUAAUAAGCGUGAACUGGAUCUCACAGUUAAAGCUGCCUAUAAGCCUAUUGGUCAUUACCGCAUCAUGUGGCCAUGAGUUCCGCAAGCUGGUUCAGAAGAAGUGUUUCUGGAAUGUGAAAGGAAAAACGUUUUCCCCCCGGAGCAGCUUUUCUCCUUAUUGUUUGCAGCAUUCACCUCCUUGGCAAUGUGGCUUUCAUAGCCUGAGCCAGCGAGCCACCAGGCUAUAUGGGUUUCGGUAAAUGGUUCCCUCGUGUCCUGAUGUUGCCAGGGAAAACUACAGAGGAAACUGCAAGAGGGCAUGGACCAGUGGUCCGCCCAGGACUGCAGCCUGCCUUGCUUCUGUGUCGUUCAUGUUUGUGGUGGAGCCGUUCCAACCUCUCCUUCGCUUCCAUCUGUGCGUUGAGGUUGUUCUUUAAAAAGCCCAGGGCUGUGCUAUGCUCCCUGGGGGAAAGAGUGGUCAUGAGAAAAGAGGGAAGAGCUAGGAUCCCGAUAGUCUAGUUGACAUUUCUAGUCAAGCAGAUGCGAGUUCCACCCCAGCUGUGCAGAUCUAUUUUUUGCAGGCAUUAUGCAUUAGUCCCAAAUACAGGGUCUGAAAGUAUCAACAUGAAGCUGGUUUGUGAAACAGUCGUUGCUAUAACGGGCUAAACUCGGAACGGGGGGAGAGUGGAUGCACCCAUUGUUUGGUAAUAAUUUAUAGCAGAAAAACAGGUUCCUGGGACCUGUCUCUUGGUCACUCUUAUGUGUGACCAAGGCAUGGGACUACAGGGUGGGGGCUGUGCAGGUAGGGGCAGGUUUCAUUGUUAGUGGCUCCCUUUGAACUCUAUGGGGCAAUGGAAAGAAGCUACCAUUGGGACCUAGUAAGAGGGAGCCCUAUCCCCGCUCUUCCAGGUACUAUUACAAGGAUUCCCUCAAAUCUAGGCAGGUCCUUCCUCUGCCCUGCCAUCACCUCUGCCUUUCAUAAUAACCACUUAUCACACACAGCAGUUUUAGGGUAUUUUUCUGAGCUCCGUGCCCUUCCUCCUUCCCUGCCUGAGCUUGCCCUCUGUGUCUUCAUCAGGUUGGGGACAGUCUGCGCGUUCUCUCGUUUUCCUCAUAAUCGUUGAGAUUAUUGUCAGGUAGGGGGGAUCCGGUUUGAGAACUAAAGACCAAGCUCUCCAAAAUCAACAGCACAAGCCACAGUCUAUUUAAAGACUUGGACAACUUUGUAAUUUUCAAGGCUGCCUUGUACGCUAGUAUGGCAAGUCGGAACAGUCGUUCGGCAGGCCGGAAGAAGUGUGGCUGAAAUGAGGAGGAAGGCAUACAGGGAUGACACUGGGCCUUCCCAUCACAGCCAAGGGUGUGUUUGUGUGUGUGUGUGUGUGUGUGAGAGAGAGAGAGAGAGAGAGAGAGAGAGAGCACGCGACAGAAAGAGACAGAGCGAGGAAAAAACACCUUUGCCACGUCACUGCCAUUGUCUCCUGACCACCCACCCACCACCACAUGCUUCUCUACAGCAAAAAUAUCCACACCCCUGGUCUAAAAAAGGGGGGAGUGAGUAUAAUUUAUCUGGGGAUUACUUUCCUGUUUUUAAUCCCACAUUCUUUUUUAUUUUAUUUUUAUUUACAGUAGUACCUCUAGUUAAGAACUUAAUUCGUUCUGGAAGGUCCGUUCUUAACCUGAAACUGUUCUUAACCUGAAGCACCACUUUAACUAAUGGGGCCUCCUGCUGCCGCCGCGCUGCUGGAGCACGAUUUCUGUUCUUAUCCUGAAGCAAAGUUCUUAACCUGAAGCACUAUUUCUGGGUUAGCAGAGUCUGUAACCUGAAGCGUAUGUAACGUGAAGUGUAUGUAACCCGAGGUACCACUGUAUUAAAGAUUCUCCUCAUUUACAAAAGCACACGCAUCGUCUCUUUCUCUUUCUUCAGGAUGUGUUUUCUACUGAUCAGUUACAUUUGUCGUGAAACAUUGGUGGUAUAUGCAGUAUAGGGUUGGAAAGAAAAAAGGGGGGACGGGAGAGAAGGGGUGGGGUGGUAAAGCUUAUGUUCUUUUACUUAGUGUAUGCGUGGGGUCUUUGUGUCUGCGUCACUUGGGUAGGUUCUCAUUCUGUUCGCUUGUUGUGUUUCCUUUGUGGUGAGAGAGGCUGGGGCGGCCAAGGGUGGUUGUCUUUGGUUGGCCACAGUGGGAUUUGUUUGUGCGUGGGGUUGUUGGGUUAAAUUAGCCAUAUUGAAUCGUAUGCUCUUGGUGGGUGUCAGGAGCUCGGCCUACACAUGAGUAGGACCCUGGUAGAGACACAUGCCCAACUGGCAUAUUCUUUCCCUCCUGGUCGCUUGGGAGUUUCAAAAGCUUUCUUCUGCCCGAACAUCACAGCGACUGAUGCCAACCGACACCGGCACACACAGGGAUCCGCAGAGUUUGCACAGUUGGGUAACAGACCUCAGCAACUCAGCAUUUUGGGAAACCCAGCCAGAUGGGCGGGGUAUAAAUAAUAAUAAAUUAUUAUUUUGGCUAAUCUGCUUUAUUUACAUAUAAACAUACACGGAGCCCCGCAACAUGGCUCCCUCUCUCUCUCUCUCUCUAGCAUCAGACAGCAAAGAGAAAAAACAAAGUACAAUAGUCCCACUUCACGGAACACAGUAACACAAACAUCUUGUCUCUGUCACUUCCCACUCUGUAGAGUCAAAACAUAUACCGUCAUGUGAUAGACAAAAAUCCCAUGACUGCAAUCAUGGAGCAGGAAUUCUAACAUUGGGUUCAUGUUGUUGUCUUGUUGGGCUGUGUGUGUGGUAAAGGGGAGCCAUACUGGAGGUAAAGCCGUCUUCUUCUAUUUCUCCCCAUGUCAGUUUCAAUCUAUUGGUUAGCUUUUCUAGUAAGGCAGUUUCCCAUACCGCUUGAAACCCGUGUUGCAUGUUUAUUCCUGACAGGUCCCUCCAGUUCCUGGCUAUGAUAUUUCUGGCCGCUGAGAGUAGGUGGGUUAUGAGCUCUUUAUAGCGUGAAUGGGCAUUGUUGGAAGAUGUUCAGUAGGGCCAAUUCUGGGGUGACUUCUAGUCCCCAUUUAGUUAUUUUGCUUAUUUCUUGUACGACUGUUGUCCAGAAGAGUUGGGUUUUGGGGCAUUCUCACCACAUGUGGAGGUUUGUGCCUGUGGAGGUGCACCCUUUCCAGCAUUUUGGUGAGGUUUCCAGGCGCAUCAGCGCCAGUUUCCGUGGUGUUAGGUACCAUCUGUAAGUGAGUUUCAGGGUGAGUUCUGAGAGCCAGUGUGGUGUAGUGGUUAAGAGUGGUAGACUUGUAAUCUGGGGAACCGGGUUCGCGUCUCCGCUCCUCCACAUGCAGCUGCUGGGUGACCUUGGGCUAGUCACACUUCUCUGAAGUCUCUCAGCCCCACUCACCUCACAGGGUGUUUGUUGUGGGGGAGGAAGGGAAAGGAGAUUGUUAGCCGCUUUGAGACUCCUUCGGGUAGUGAUUAAGCAGGAUAUCAAAUCCAAACUCCUCCUCUUCUUCUUCUUCUUUUCUUUCCACUGAUACAGAUUUAAAGGAAGGUUUAGACCACAUUCUAGUCCAUUGGGUGGGGUUAAUUUCGUAGCCUGUGUCGUCCUCCGAUUGUUUAUUGAUUGUGUCAGGUGGGUUUGUGGGGCUUUGGAGCAGUGUUUUGUAUAUUGUGAAUCCCACAUUCUUUUGAUAACGGAAUACUUGUUUAGUUUUUCCGUUUGCUUAUUUCUUCAUUUUGGAGCUUCACUGAAAUAAAGGGAAGAUGACUCUCCACUUCACCCUGUUUUCGCUAACAUCGCGCAGUCUAGCUUAGCCUUAUCUUGAGAACAUUCCCUUCGAGAAUGAAACGGGUGAUGCUGAGCCAUAUUAAUGCUUGUGCAAACAGAGCUUGUGGACUUGAGGAUAAAGAGGCAGGGUACAAAUGGUGCAUUUUAUAUUGCUCCUGCCUGGGAUGGCAAAGAUGUCAUAUUCGCUUGUAAUCCCCCAGUAUUCACUAGAGGAGGAUCUUGCUAGCCCCUUUUCUGCCAGAGAUAAAAAAAAAAGACUUAAGCCAGCUAUUUCCUGUACAUGCACAUGCGGUUGACCUCCUGUAGCCACAGCUUUGACAGCAGUCUUGAUUGGGAGAAAUUGACAGGCGAAGCAGUUCCUGGCAUGAAACCAAGAACACUGUGGCGUUCGUUCUUGCACACAUCAAGCUCUUGUUAAAGGCACAGAAGCAGGGAAUAAUGAAAAGCUGGCAACCCCAGUAUCAUCCUCGGGCAGAUUAUGCCACAUACGGUCUUCCUUUAUUUAUAUAUUUUGACAAAGUAAUAAUCAUAAAUGAAUAAGAAUAAAAACGUGCACCCCACCACCGAGACCAUUCCACUGUAACUAUCCAACCUCUUGCGAUGGUUUGGCCCCUUUCCGUUUUAACAGUACAACUUCUGCAAACACCUUCCAUAUCUCCUCAAAAUCAUUUCUCCUGCAUAUUCCCCGUCUUACCUUAAUGGCACGUGUUAAUUUAUCAUUAACAGCUGUAUCCCACACCUCUUUAUACCAUUCUUCCAUUUUAUAUUUUGCUUGCCCCUUCCACUUCCUAGCUAUAAUAAUUCGUCAAUAAAUUUGUGAGCAAGUCCUUCAUAGCCUGCGAACCUUCCACCCCAUCGUAAAUUGAUAAUAAUGCUACCUCUGGACUUUCGGUCAGCUUUAACCCAGUGAUUUCUGUUAUCUCCUUAAACACCCUUUGCAAAAAAAAAUUGUACAUAUUUACACCCCCACCACAUGUGAACAUAAUUCCCUGUUUCCUGGCAUCCCCUCCAACAUAACACCAAAUAUUCCUUGCUUAUUUGGUUUAAUCUGAUCGGUGUUAAAUACCAUCUCUAAAUUAAUUUAUAAUAAUUUUCUUUUACUCUUAUAGACAACAUUUUCUACAUACAUUUCUCCCAUAUUUUCCCCCAGCCUUGACUAUCUAUUUGCCCUGUUGUCUCCUUUUCCCACACUUCUUUAAAUUGAUCUAGACAAAGAUUAAAUGUAAGGUAUUGGUUGUGUUUAGAAUAGAUUUAUGAAACAUUUAGAAAACUUAUUGAUUAGAAUAUUUGUGUGAGAUUGUAUGGGAAAAAUACGGAAUAACAGAUACAGUCUUGCUUAAAAUGUAUAUAGGAAGUGCAGUGUAAGCCAUGGAAGUCAAUCAAUGAAAUUUUAUUAUUGAGAUAUUUGUAGAAUAAAUUUGGAAGAAAUUCUUCCAACUUUCCUUCUUGUUCCUCUCUUUAUUUUUUCUUUUUCUUUCUUCUUUUCUUCCUUUUUUCUCAUUUGUUCUUUUUCUAUAUGUGUGUGUGCUUAUCUGAAAUAUAUAUGUAUGUAUUUGCAAUACUUUGCUUAUAUUUUGUAAUAAUUAUGUUAAAUAAAUUAAAUUUAAAGAAAUAAAAUAAAUUGAUCUUCUUGAUCCUCCGUUUCUAGUAAUAUUUUAUAAAUUUCACUGGUUUCCCCCCGCACACCGGUCGUCCGAGGUGCUUGUGGCAUCUAACAUGCUGUUCUUUUAACAAGGCCUGUGCGUUUUCCUUGCAGGAAGAGAAGAGGUACCGGAGCACCUAUCAAACUGCGGAGGAGUCUGAACGGGAAGCCUUCUCCCUCUUCUCUGCUGCCGUGAGGGAAAGCCACGAGAAAGAGCGGACAAGAGCGGAGAAAACCAAGAACUGGUCUAUCAUUGGCUCAGUGCUGGGAGCCAUUAUUGGGGUCCUGGGUUCUACCUACGUCAACCGAGUAAGGCUGCAGGAGCUGAAAGCCUUAGUUUUUGAGGCACAAAAGGGACCUAUAAAUCUUCAGGAAGCGAUCAGGGAGCAGGCCUCCACCUACAACUCCCAGCAGAGGGAUCUGAGUGACCUCGUUGCCAACCUGAAGGACAUCCUACAAGCAGUGGCCGUGACCUCGCAGGAAGCGACGGGGGAUUCCCCGGCCAAAAGCACUCCUCUGAAAACAGACCCUCUCUUAGUUUCCGUCAGGGAGCAGCUGAGCUACUCCAAACAGAUGAGCUCCUUCCUCGAGAGUUUGCAGCGGCAGCUUAGCAGCCUGGAAAAAAGUUUAGGGCAAAUGGCCGCCGAGGUCCAGAACGUGAAAAGGGGACCCCAGCCCACACCUGGGAGGAAAGCACUGCUUGGUCCUUCGACGGAGGGGAGCAGCCAGACCUUUGAGGCGGAAGACGUGGUUCUGGAACUGUGCAACACGGAAAGGAGACUGGAAGCGCAAAUGAAGAGGAACUCGAUCUACAGCACGGCGUUCACAUGUACUGUCUUUGCUAUCACAUUCCCCAUGCUCUACGUCCUGCUCAAGGGGAAUUAGCCCGCAGCCCAGCAAAGAAUAAUUUGUUGGAGUAAUAAAGAGUCAUUCACCCUUCAGUCUUGACG